GGAGAGAGCUGCUGCAGCUCUGAGGAGGCUUUCUCAGCCCAUCUCAUUGCAGGACAGCCUCACAUGUUCAGGUUGUAGGACAAUAAAUUCCACGUCCACUGGCUGGUACGAGGAGUCAGCUGACGAAAGAGAUGAGGAGGAGGAAGUAGAAGAAGAGGGUCCUGGAGGCUUUUGAGGCAGCAGGAAGGGGCUGGGCUUCUCUGACAAUGAUCCUGGACAACAGGGAGCUUUUCAGUAUUGACUUUGACCUGUGGACUUUGUGCUCAGGCUGCAGCGCUUAAAAACUGCAUGCUGACUUUGUUCUGAACUGUUCCUCAACAUGCAGAGCGUACCAGAGGAGUGGAGGGAGGACGGAGGAGGAGGCGGUGAUGGGAUGAUAAUGAGGAGCAGAGGGGAUCCAGACAGGAAGAAUGGAGGCAGAGGAAGAGAAGAGGUGGAGAAGGAGUCACUGAUGAUGGAGCUGACCAGGCUGGUGCAGAAGAUGGUGAAGGAGAGCAGCUGGUGGGAGAGAAGAGGGCUGGACUGCAGCAUCCUGGCGGCAGCGUUCCUCUGCCUGCCGCCUGCCUUCCUCCUCCUGGCCUCCUCUCAGCUGCUCUGGUUUUCAUCGGGUCUGCUCCUGAUGGGCGUGGCUCACGCCGUCAUCACCGUCAAAGGGACACAUCUGGCCAGCCACGGGGCGCUGAGCGAAUCGCAGGCCUGGGGGAAGUUCUGGGCUGUCUUCUUCAUCGAGGUCUGCGGCUCAUUCUCAGCACAAGCCGGAGUCCACGGCCACAUUAAGAUGCAUCACGCACACACUAACGUCGUUGGACUGGGCGACUCCAGCGUGUGGAAGGUCCCUUUCCUGCCUCGCACCGUCUACCUGUUCCUAGCCCCCCUGGCCGUGCCUGUCAUCACUCCACUCGUCGCCCUCGCUCAACUCAAAGGGCAUUCUUUGGCCCUUGUGGUUAGGACGGUCCUGAUGGUAACGCUGGGCCUGUAUUCGCAGUACUGGCUGCUCAUCAACGUCUCCGGGUUCAGGUCGGCUUUCAGCGCUUUGCUCUGCAUGUUGGUGUGCAGAGCCAUGUUCUCGGUGCCGUACAUCCAUGUCAACAUCUUCCAGCACAUCGGUCUGCCAAUGUUUUCUCCAACCCGACGACCAAAGAGGAUUUACCAGAUGACCCACGGAGUCCUGAACCUGCCACGAAACCUUCUGCUGGACUGGACGUUUGGACACUCGCUAAUCAACUGCCAUGUGGAGCACCAUCUCUUCCCCUUUCUGUCAGACAACAUGUGCUUAAAGGUGAAGCCAGUUGUGUCCAAAUACCUGACUGAAAAGCAGCUUCCAUACCAAGAGGACAGCUACCUGUCCCGUCUCCACCUCUUCUUCCAUAAAUACCAGGAGCUGAUGGUGUUUGCUCCGUCCAUCACAGAGCUGGUGGGAGUGCAGUGAUGGAGGGAGGAUGUGUGAACACGACUAAACCGCAAUCAUUUCUGUAGAUGCAGAAAGGUGUGGCGGUCUCACAGCUCCGCUGUGGGAUUUGAACAGCCUCUUAAAAUCAACACAGGUACUGAAUCGACACGUAAUAAAUAAAAUUAUAGCCGAAGUUUUAACAAGAGUUAACUAAAUAAAUACCUCCUUCCUGUUUAGCACAAAGAUAAACCAAUAGCUGACCUGGUUGUUCUUAUUUGUGAAAUUUUCUUCCCAAAAAUGACCACACAUGUUGUUUGACAAAACAACAAACAUCAACAAAGAUCUAUACAGUAGUUCUUUGAAUGUGACCUCUAGUGGUUGCGAGAGCAACUGCAAUAUCACUGUGAAAGUAGUGUCCGUAAGGGAUGGUACGGAAGCUCAGAGCAGCCAUGAUUGGGCAUUUCUGGAGAAGGUUUUCCAAAAAUUAUAUAAUGAUUUAUCUCAUUAUCUCCAGAAAACAGUUUUAAUUAUUUUCAAGUCUAUGAUAAAACAAAGCGGGCCUUUGUAAGGACAAAACACAUGCUUUCCUCAACUUAACCAAAUGCAAUAACAAUAAAACCAGAUGUUAACAGAUCAUUUUCAAUCUCACCUUGAUCAACUGUAGUCCUGAACAAAGUUUUUAAAUGUUUUUAUUUAAUGAAAAUGCAGAUUUCUCGAGAUAAUGAGAAAACGUAACUUGUGAUCUCCUGGAAACAAGCUUUUCUAUCUCAGAAUAACUAAAUACAUAUCUGAUGAUCCUGAGAUAAUGACAUCAAAAGUAAAUAAUUGCAGGUAUGUCCCCGAUAAUGU